AAUGCCGAGAGAGAGGUCGCGGAGUUGAAGAGAAUAAGGCGUGAAGAUGCCAAAGCGAAUGAGAAGGUUGUGAGCAUCUUUGCAGCACAGGAACAAAGCUGGUUGAUUGAAAGGAAGAAACUUAGGCAGCAUAUAGGAGCCCUUAUGAGUGAGUUGAGGGCUCAAGAGAGAAGAAAGGACCAAGUAGUUUCCGAAAUGAGCAAUAAAAUGAAGGAGAUGGAGCUUUUGGUACAAGAAAGGGAGAAGGCUUUGGAGGAAGAAGGUGAGAAGAGGAAAGAACUAGAAGAAAAACUAAAAGAGGCUGAGAAUGCUGCAGAAGAAUUGAGGGAAAAGGCGAAGCGCGAAUCUCAAGAGCACUCGUCUGAUCUUCGGAAGCACAAAACUGCCUUCAUUGAGCUUGUGUCGAACCAACGACAUCUUGAGGCUGAUAUGAGUAGAGCACUGAGGCAAGUUGAAGCCAAAAAGUGGGAGCUUGAAUCUGUUUUGAAGCAGAAGGAAGAAUCUGUUGUGAUGGUCCAAAAGCUAACGGCGGAGAUUGUGAAGAUGCACGAGGAUUUGGAGCAGAAAGACAAGAUUUUAUCAGCAACACUGAGGAAAUCCAAGUUGGACACAACAGAGAAGCAAAUGCUUUUGAAGGAGGUUAAGUUAUCAAAGGCUAAGAGGAAGCAAGCUGAGCUAGAAACCGAAAGGUGGAAGGCGGUGUCUGAGUCUAGGCAGGAGAGGCAUUCACUGAGAAAUAUGUUGGCAAAACAAGCCAACUCUAGAUUGGAGAUUGUUUCAGCUGAAAAAGACUUGCAUUCCACACAAACAGGCCCAUCUCUUUCACAUGCUGGCCUUACGAAAUCACAUCCAAGAACUGCUCUUCUUGGAUAUGAGCAUCACCCUGAGUUCGAAAAUGAUCCUGAAGUUUUUUCUUCCCCUUUUGACAUCUACUCGCUUCGUGCAAACGAGGACAUAGCUGAUGUUAAACAGGUUGAGAAUUGGGUUUGCUCGGAGGCAGAGAGGUAUGCAGCCGUGAUUGAACAGAGGCAUCACCUAGAAAUAGAUGCUUUUGUGGAACAAUUGAGGCUAAAAGACGAGAAAUUAGAAGCGUUCCGUUGGCGGUUGCUAAGCAUGGAACUCGAAUCAAAACGACUGCAGUCCCAUGUUGAGGGACUGAACAAAGAACUCCUACAGCUCAGGCACAAAAACAUGAAAAUGGAGGCACUAUUGUUGGAGAGGGAAGCAGAGUUAACUGCAUUGAAAGAGCAGUUCGCGUCGCAUUUAAGGUCUAUAAGCUCCCAAAAGAGCAACUUGAAUGCUAGUGAUUCAGCAGUGACACAAGAUUCCAUUUGGGCACAAGUCAAGGUCAUCAAGAGGCAGCCAGGAGAGGAAGAGCAAGAAACAAAGACAAUCUCGGUCGAAAUGUCUCAAGACGAAGACGGUAACAAGAGAGAUGAGGAACUCCCAUCCAUUGACCAGGCCAGAGGCAGAGAUGUAACCUUGACAGUACAAUCUCCGGACAAAGAUUUUGAUGAGCAGAAAGACGACCCUUCCGAAGAGGGAAGGUCAAGUCCAUUGGAGUUAGAUGUAACCGAAAAGUUAUCAUCGUCAUCGUCAUCAACAUUAUCAUCACCUUGUCCUACACAACAACACUUGAUUAAGGCGAAUAGUUCACAAUGGCGGAUGGAUCUUCAUGCUCUCGGAGUCUCCUACAAGCUCAAGAGGCUCAAGCAACAGCUCAUUAUGCUUGAAAGGUUGAGAGGAAAGCAAGAAAGUGGUGAAGAUAAAAAGGAAAGAAAUGAUGAUGGAGAAGAAAGAGAAAGUGGUGUAAAAGACUUUUUAUCUUUAAUGUCCUUACUGAAUAAACAAAUUGGCAGGUACCAAUCUCUCCAGGGGAAGGUUGAUGAUCUUUGCAUACGGAUGCACGAGAGUGAUCUAAAACUAUGUCGUGGAGAUUCGAGCACGGCGAGAACAAAAGAGAAGACCAAAACACUGGAGCAGUUCCUUGAGGAGACAUUUCAGCUGCAGAGAUAUAUAGUUGCAACAGGACAGAAAAUGAUAGAAAUCCAAUCCAAGAUCACUUCUGGUCUUGUUGGGGUUGGGGAGGAGAUCGACAAGUCGACUGGAUUCGACAUGAACCGCUUUUCGGAGAGUGUUAGAACUCUCUUCCAUGACGUUCAGAGAGGUAUAGAAGUUAGAAUAGCACGAGUUAUUGGAGAUCUUGGGGGGACAUUGGCUUGUGAAGGCAUGAUACGCUUAAAGAGGUAGUGAAUAAAUAAAUAAAUAAAUAAGCGCCCAUUGUAAUGGUGUUUUGUGAUCAUAGUUUCUUUGUUGACUGAUUUUAUCUACUUAAAAUUUGUAUAGGCAAAACUGUACACAUAAUCCUAACGCAGUAUAUUCUUUUUCUUUCCUGCUGCCACAUGAUU